AUGAUUACAACGUUGUUUCUAUGUAUAUUGUUUCCUCUUGUGGGUGGUUCUGGGAUUGUGCACCAUGAGGAUGGAACCAUAGCUUGCAGCAGUCGAUUCGAGUAUCGAAAGGAAAUGCUGAAGUACUUUACAGGUUGUGAGGAUGUUAUAAAACAUAAUAAACUCUGCGCGGAAGAGAUUACAGUAGCGUACAGCUUACAUCCGCCGUAUGUUUUUCAUGACAAAAACGGAAGCGUCAUUGGAAUCCUUCCAGAUUUUAUUCGGUAUGCUUUGGAAUCUUGCUGCUACGGCUGUAACAGUGUGAAAUUCAUUGGUCCGUAUGGCUCAUUGGAAAAAUUAGAACAAAACGCAACGCUUACUAUUCCAAUUCAAACGUCAACAAAAAAUAAGUUAUAUUUUGGUCACAGCUUUAUCCAUAUGAUUGAAGUUAGAGCAGUCAGUUUUCUUGGACCUGCAAUGAAACAUGAUCCAAAUAAAAUGGUGAUGACAAUCUUCUCCGCUGUAUUGAACACCUGGCCUUUGUUUGUCAUCGCAUUUGCAAUGGCCAUUUGUUCUGGUGUAAUAAUCUGGUUAUUGGAUUCUGAUUCAAAUCGUGACGAAUUUCCAAACUCAUUUCCUAAAGGACCAUUUGAAGGAUUCUGGUGGGCAAUAGUUUCUAUGACAACCGUCGGCUAUGGAGAUAGAGCACCAAAAAGUACCCUGGCGCGUAUUUUUGCUGUUCUUUGGAUAGUGACAGGAAUUACUUUGUUCUCAAUGUAUUCAGCAUCAUUAACAUCAUCGCUCACAUCUGCAGUCAUUGCUUCGCAUGAUUUUUCCUUGUAUCAAAAGAAUAUUGCUGUGUUAAACACGAGUACAGUCGGCGUAAAAGCGGUUGUAGGUGUCAAUGGAAACUACAAAGCCUAUGGUACACUAACAGAGAUUGGGGAAGCAAUUUAUAAAAAUGCAGUUGACAUCGUGGCAUUGGACGAGAUUAUAGCAAACUUUUUCGUGGAUGAUCUUAUAUCAGAUGGACUGCAUGAUUUGUCCUUAUACAAUCGUGUAACGAUGACUGGUUCGUCAUACGGUAUGCUCAGUUUCAACAACAAUUUCACUCAGUUAUUUAAAACUUUCUUCGAAAGUAACGAUGAUCAGCGGGACAUAAUGUUGAAUACAGCAAUGAAAGAUCACAACCACGUUACAGAACUUAAAAGCAACACAGUCGAAGCAAAUGAAUUUUUCACCUCAAUGAAGAUGUUUACUCAAAGUUUGGUUGCAUUGAUUAUCAUCACCAUUAUUCUGGUCGUGCUUGGUGUCGUAAAAAUGAAAUUCAAUCGUACCAAUACAUGCAGACGACGUACAACUAAGGGAGACGACGAAAUUCCUAUGACGCAAGUAAUGGAAGAUGAAGAUAAACUCCUUCUUAUAGCUGACGAUAUCUUUAAAAAGUUAAAGCAAAGAAUAAAGAAAGGAGAAUAGAAGUUUUUAUAAAGCAAGGCUACUUGACUGCACAACAAUUUGCAUCGUGAGGAGCUGCAUUGCCAAAGUGGUCAAGGUUCACUAAAAUAAUUACUCAUGAACAAUUAUUAUAGUAGAUAAGAAAUCAAUGACAUGUGAUUCGAUGUGAAGUAGCUUUUAUACUUGUUAUUAAACCUUUUAAGUCAAAAGUCAAGAUGACAUUAGAAAGGCAAUAUUAGUGGAAAUUUUACUUCAGUAACAACGGCUCAAUAUCAAGAUGGGGACGCAUUCAGUUAUUAUUAAAAAAAACCUUGCCUAU